AUGUCCUAUGUCGGCGCCGUCCACCCUCCGAGCGGUGUCCGGCUCGCUAUCAAGCUGAACUUUCUCGAACCGGGUGUGGACACUCUCAUUGUCGCGAAAGCGAGCCAACUCCACCUCUACGAGCAAGGACCCGAAGGUCUGACGCUUUUGCACACCAAGACUGUCUAUGGCUACAUUACUAUCCUCGAGAAGAUCCGCCCCGCUGCCUCCAAGACCGACCUCCUCUUUGUCGGCACCGACCGUUACCAGUAUUUCACAUGUUCAUGGAAUGCAAGCACGGCACAACUGCAGACGGAGCAGAGCUAUGUCGAUCUCGCAGAUAAAGUGCUACGCAGCUCACAGGAGGCGGAUAGAUGCCACGUCGAUCCUACGCGGCGCUUCAUGAGCCUCGAAUUGUACGAUGGAGUGGUGUCGGUCCUGCCCUUCGUUCAGCCCUCGAACAAGCGGGCGAGAAGAGAGAGCAAUACCAAGACUCAGGCCGGCGCAUUGGGUGAGCCGGUGCAGGUCAGAGUUGAGGAACUGUUGACACGAUCGUCAGCUUUCCUGGAGACGAGCCCGGACUCCAAAGACAAUCCAAAGCUCGCCAUUCUGUGGGAAGACAACCUGGAGAAUCCCCAAUUGGUGCUGCGGGAACUGAAAUAUCGAGCCGGCGGAGAGCAGGCUUCUGCAGAACUGGAACGAGUGGCCGAGCUGAAAGGCGAUCAGCUCGACAAGGGAGUCAGCCAUCUCAUUCCAGUCUCGGUACCCUACAGCGGCUUUCUCGUGUUAGGCGACCACGCCAUCCGCUAUGUUGACCGCGAUCUCACCAAUGUCAUCACUCAGCCUUUGGAUGACCAGUCCACCAUUUGGACAUGCUGGACCAAGAUCGACGAGCACCGAUGGCUCCUGGCAGACGACUACGGCAAGCUAUUCUUCUUGAUGAUUGAAACCAGCUUUUCCGAGGUUGUAUCGUGGAGGCUCGACCCUGUCGGAGUGGCAUCCAAAGCGUCGUGCUUGGUCUAUCUCGAGGAGGGCUACGUCUUUGUCGGUUCGCAUUCAGGCGACUCGCAGGUGGUCCACAUCGAAGAGGAAGGUGUCCGCAUCGUCCAAACAUUCCCCAACAUCGCGCCCGUUCUCGACUUCACGAUCAUGGAUCUGGGUCGAGGCGCACAGGGUGGUGCCGCUCCGGAGUUCUCGUCUGGACAAGCCAGAAUAGUGGCGGCUUCGGGCGCAUGGCAAGACGGCACCAUUCGAAGUGUUCGUAGCGGCGUCGGCCUGGAAGAGAUUGGCACCAUUGGCGAGAUAGCCCACAUCACCGACCUUUGGGCGGUGAGUUCGACCGGCCAGGGCGACAUCCAAGACACUCUCCUCGUUUCAUUCGUCAAUGAGACGCGGGUAUUCAUGUUCGACCAAGAAGCGUCGGUGGAAGAAGUGGACAGCUUUCACCAUCUCGAGUUGUCACAGCCAACCCUACACGCCGCAAAUCUCCCGGGGCGCAAGCUGAUGCAGGUUUAUGAGACCGGGCUGAGGAUUACGGACCUCGAGUCAAGUAUGCUUACCCUCGAGUGGAAGCCGCGGGACACAGGAGCCAAGUUGACAGCCGCAAGCGCAAACUCGGUGCAUCUGGUGGUCGUCGAAGGCGGUCACACACUGCACGUCUACCACACAGCGACAAACGAUGCCAACCCUGCCAUUUCGAAGACGUUCCAAGCCGACUCGCAGAUCUCGAGUGUGACCGUCCCAGAACCCCAGAGCAACGUAUGUAUUGUGUCAUUUUGGCAGACUGCAUCGCUCGCAAUUCUCGACCUAUGUACCCUCGAAGUGCUCCGGACCGAGUCUCUAGGCACACCUGGGACUGAUAUCCCGAGAUCGGUCUUAGUCGCCAACCUCCUGCCUGACUCUCCGCCGACUUUGUUAGUUGCCAUGGCUGACGGCACGGUCGUCUCGUACUCAUUCGACUCCACCAAGAACACGCUGUCAUGCACGGACAAGGUGCUGCUUGGUACAGAGCCCGUUUUCUUCAAACAGCUACCCAAGGGCAGCCACGCAAACCUUUCGAACAUCUUCGCUUCGUGUGAGCAGCCGUCGUUGAUCUACUCAUCCGAGGGACGAAUCAUCUAUUCAGCAGUCAAUUCCGACAACGCCUCACGUGUCUGCAGUUUCAACUCGGAGGCGUAUCCGGACGCCAUCGCGAUUGCGACUCCCAAUGAGCUGAAGCUGGCUCUCAUCGGCAAGGAGAGGACAGCGCAACUUCAGACCCUGCCGAUCGGCGAGACGGUGCGAUGUCUCACGUAUGCACCCGAUGCCCGCGUUUUCGCCAUGGGAUGCGUCCGUCGGACCAUUGAAGAUGGUGCGGAAGUGUUGUUGAGCUCUAUCAAGCUUGCGGACGAAGUGAGCUUCCGAGAACUGCACUCGAUAGAACUGCAGGACAAGGAACUGGUCGAGUGUAUCAUCACCACCGGCUCUUUCGACAACGAAGACGAUUCACGGGCUUAUGGGGAGAUGUUCGUCGUGGGAACGAGUAUCCUGGAGGAGGCCGAGCAUGGCGAAGACGUUCUGAAGGGACGGAUUCUCAUCUACGAAGCCAACAAGGAGAAGACGCUCAGGGAAGUCACUUCGAUCAAGGUCAAAGGUGCCUGCCGUAGCUUGGCUAUGUGCGAGGGUAAGAUCGUGGCUGGCCUGGUCAAGACGGUCGUCCUGUACGGGCUUGUGCCCUCCUCAAGCCGCGGCGACCACUCGCUCCAACUGCAAAAACUCGCUACCUAUCGCACGUCGACGAAUCCUCUGUCGUUGGCUAUCACGCCUGCCACAUCGACGAGUCCGGCCCUCAUUGCCGUCGCGGACCUCAUGAAGUCCCUGUCCAUCCUGCAAGUCGACACCAAAGAUAAGAAUUCCGCAACAGGCUACAACCUGGUCGAAACAUCCCGUCACUUUGCCACCCUCUGGUCUUCGGCAACCGCGGCCAUCAAGGAAAAUGAAUGGGUCGUCGCAGAUAUGGAAGGCAACCUGAUCACGCUUCGACAGAUUCAAGAUGGAACCGGCCCGCAGGGAUACAAUCGCCGGCUAGAAGUGACGGGAGAGUUCCGCCUCGGGGAGGUGGUCAACAAGAUCGUCGCUCUGUCAACAUCACCCCGGUCGAGAUCGGUCGUUACGCCGCGCGCAUUCGUCGCCACCAUCGAGGGCAGUAUCUACAUGCUCGGCACGAUCAAUCCUCCGUACAUGCACAUCCUCCUGACACUGCAGUCCGUGUUGGCGAACCGGGUGCAAGCUCCGGGAUACAUGCCGUGGAGCAAAUUCCGGGCAUGGAGGACGGAGGUGAGCGAGAAGGAUGAACCGUUUCGUGUCGUCGAUGGAGCGAUGCUAGAGCAGGCUCUGCUCCAGUUAGGGGACGAGGAUUUGGCGGCCUGCUUGAAGGAGGGUGGUCUUGACGCUGAGAAGGUGAGUGUCCAGGAUGUGAGGCGGUGGGGAGAGGAGUUGAAACGAUUGUGUUGA